AUGUUGAGGAGAUUCUCUACUCAGUUCAAGCGGUCCAAGGACGCCAAUGGCGACUCCGAGCCCAAGAACGACAAGUCCGCCGACAAGACUGCCGACAAGACCUCCGACAAGAGCGCUGAGAAGAGCAAGCGCUUCUCCAAGGUCACUCCCGCUCGCAAGUCCGCCUCUAACCAGGAGGAAGGCCACGUCGUGAAGCGCGCCGAGGUCGUUGCUACCUUUGAAAAGUUCGCACAGGCCAUUCACGCUUCACGGGAACCUCUGCCUAACCAGUCCGGUGACGGCACUUACCUCAAGCACGACAAGUCCGGCGGUCUGAUCGCGGACAUCAAGGCUCUCGGAUUCCGCGAUGUCGGCACAGUCAAGGACCUGAUCGCUAACAAGGCCUCUGGUGAGCUCAUGGAUGAUAAGACCUACCUGAUGGAGCGCAUCAUCCAGAUGGUCGCCGAUCUGCCUGGUAACUCCAAGGCCCGCCCCGAGCUCACCAGUGUGUUCUUGGACGAGCUGUGGAACUCAAUUCCUCACCCUCCUCUCUCUUACAUGGGUGACGACUUCAAGUACCGCUCAGCCGAUGGCUCAAACAACAACCCUACCCUCCCCUGGUUGGGAGCCGCUAAUACCGCCUACUGCCGCACGAUUCCUCCCCUGACUAUCCAGCCCAGCGGCUUGCCUGACGCUGGUCUAAUUUUUGAUACCCUCUAUGCUCGUCAGGAGUUCACCCCGCACCCCAACAAGGUUUCCAGUGUUUUCUUCGAUUGGGCCUCUUUGAUUAUUCACGAUAUCUUCCAAACCGACUACCGCCAGCAACACCUGAACAAGACCUCUGCCUACCUUGAUUUGUCCAUUCUGUACGGUGAUGUCAAGGAGCAGCAGGAUCUCAUCCGUUCCCACCAGGAUGGUAAGCUGAAGCCCGAUUGCUUCUCCGAGGGUCGUCUGCAGGCCCUCCCCGCUGCUUGCGGUGUUCUCCUGGUUAUGCUGAACCGUUUCCACAACCACGUUGUGGGCCAAUUGGCUGAGAUCAACGAGAACGGUCGCUUCAGCGGUCCCCGUCCCGGUCUGUCUGAGGAGGACACCAAGGCCGCUUGGGUGAAGCGCGAUGAGGACCUGUUCCAGACCGGUCGUCUCAUCACCUGUGGUCUGUACAUCAACAUCACCUUGUACGACUACUUGCGUACCAUCGUCAACCUGAACCGCACCAACUCCACUUGGUGCUUGGACCCCAGAGCCCAGGUCGAGAAGGCCGGUGCCACUCCCUCCGGUCUCGGUAACCAGUGCUCCGUUGAGUUCAACCUGGCUUACCGCUGGCACUCUACCAUCAGUCAGGGUGAUGAGAAGUGGAUCGAGCAGAUCUACCAUGACCUCAUGGGCAAGCCUGCCGAGGAGGUCACCAUGCCCGAGUUGUUGAUGGGCAUGAAGAAGGUUGAGACUAUGAUCGACGCUGACCCCUCCAAGCGUACCUUCGCCCACCUGAAGCGUAACGAGGACGGUUUCUUCGAUGAUGGAGAGCUUGUCAACGUCCUGAGCAAUGCUACUGAGGACGUUGCUAGCUCUUUCGGUCCCCGCAACGUGCCCAAGGCUCUGCGCUCCAUCGAGAUUCUCGGUAUCGAGGCUUCCCGUCGCUGGAACGUUGGCUCCCUCAACGAGUUCCGUAAGCACUUCGGUCUGAAGACUUACGAGACUUUCGAGGAGGUCAACUCCAACCCCGAGAUUGCUGACACCCUUCGUCACCUCUACGAGCACCCCGAUUAUAUUGAGCUCUACCCCGGUAUUGUCUCUGAGGAAGCCAAGGAGCCCAUGGUUCCUGGUGUCGGUAUUGCCCCAACCUACACCAUCUCCCGUGCUGUCCUCUCCGAUGCCGUCGCGCUUGUCCGUGGUGACCGUCACUACACCAUCGACUACAACGCUCGCAACCUGACCAACUGGGGUUACAACGAGGCUCGCUACGACCUGAACAUCAACCAAGGUUGUGUGUUCUACAAGCUGGCCAACCGCGCCUUCCCCAACCACUACAAGCCCGACUCCAUCUACGCCCACUACCCCAUGACCAUCCCCAGCGAGAACCGCAACAUCAUGAAGGAUCUGGGCCGCGAGCAGGACUACUCCUACGACAGACCCACUUUCAUGGAGCCCCGCGUCAACCUGGCCUCCCACCAGAGCGCCAAGCUGGUCCUCGAGAACCAGACUGACUUCCGUCCCAGCUGGGGUCGCUCCAUGUCCGAGCUCUUCGGCAAGGGUGAAUUCGAUACCAAGCAGCGCGAGGCUAUCGGCAAGGCUCUCAACACUGAGGAGUUCCCCAAGCUCGUCAAGACCUUCUACACUGAUAUCACUCAGCGUCUGCUCACUGAGAAGACCGGUCGUCUGGGCAAGAUCAACCAGGUCGACAUUACUCGCGAUGUCGGCAACCUGGCCCACGUUCACUUCGCCUCUACCAUCUUCGGUCUUCCUCUGAAGACCGAGCAGAACCCCCAGGGUCUGUUCACCGAGCACGAGUUGUACAUGAUCCUGUCCACCAUCUUCACCGCGCUCUUCUUCGACGUCGACGCACCCCGCUCCUACGCUCUGAACAAGGCCGCCUCCGCUGUCUCCACUCAGCUCGGACAGGUCGUCGAGGCCACCGUCAAGGCAGACACCAACAGCGGUCUGUUCGCCGGUAUCAUGGACAACUUCCGCCCCCACGACAACGCCCUCCGCGAGUUCGGUACCGAGGCCAUCCGCCGCAUGAAGGAGGCUGGCUCCAGCUCUUCUGACAUCACCUGGUCCGCCAUCGUCCCCACAAUCGUCGGUCUCGUCCCCAACCAGGGCCAAGUCUUCACCCAGAUCAUCGAGUUCUACACCAAGCCCGAGAACAAGGCUCACCUCACCGAUAUCAGCCGUCUGACCCAGACCGACGACGCUGCCACCGACGAGAAGCUCUACCACUACUGCCUGGAAGCCAUCCGUCUGAACGGUAACUUCGGUGCCUUCCGCGAGGCCAAGGAGACCGUCACCGUCCAAGAGGACGGAAAGACUUACACCAUCCAGCCCGGUCAGCAGGUCUUCGCUUCCUUCGACCAGGCCAACCAGGACCCCAGCGUCUUCCCCGAGCCCACUCAGGUCCGUCUCGACCGUCCCCUUGAGUCAUACCUCAACCACGGCCAAGGUCCCACUACCGGCUUCGGCGAGCAGAUCACUAAGAUCGCCCUCGUCGCCAUGCUUCGUGUCGUUGCCCGUCUGCCGGGUCUCCGUCGCGCCGCUGGUCCUCAGGGUCAGCUUAAGAAGAUUCCUCAGGAGGGUGGUUACUAUGUCUACCUUCGUGGUGACGGAACUGCUUACUGUCCCUUCCCCAUGUCCCUCAAGCUCCACUGGGAUGCUGCUCUGUAA